GUUAGAAAUUGAUAUUGAAAAGAUGAGAAAGGCAUGUACACCGGAUAAAUACAUUAAUCAAGUGCCAAAGUUUAUUGAUGGAACGACAAAAUUAUUGCCAACUUGGAAAAGACAAUUAUUAGCACGAAAAAUUGCAAAUGAAGAUAUGGAAAGAAAAGAGGAAGAAUUUCGAAGGAAAUUUCACGAAUGGAAAGCACAAUUCAAUCCAAUGCGAUGUAAGCUAAAAUUCCGCGAAAUAACGGGAAAUUUUUGAUGAUUACUAUAAAUUAGUGCCCUAUUUUGUUUUUUUUUUCCUUUUUUAAAUGAAAGCAUUUACUGUCUGUGGGUUGGAAUAAUAGUUGUUGAAAUAUGAAAU